AUGUUCAGUGACAUCGUGCUUAAAGCCUCAGCAACUCUUCCCAGCGACACAAAAAUCUUUCACCGACCUUUUGCAUCUUACAGACCGGCAGCCUUGGAGUUACACAGAGAAUCCGUAAGCGGAGAGGUGCUCAGCCACAUUUUGGAGCGACCAAUCAGAAUUGAAGUUGUUCAUAUCAAACUCCGCCCACCACCUGUCACGCGGUGUGAUCGCAUUACCGUUCCCGACACCCAGGCUCUGGUGCGCAUGGGCGUUGCCGAUUUAUUCUCCGACCGAGCUGACCUCACAAACUUCAAGUCCGACGGCGGCCUCCAAGCCACGGACAUCAUCCACAAGGCAGUGGUGGAAGUGGAUGAAGAAGGCGCUAAAGCAGCAGCGGUCACGGUGAUUGUGAUUGAGGACACGUCGGUGGUCAUCCCACCCCCGCCAGUCCGCUUCACCUGCGACCGCCCCUUCCUCUUCCUCAUUCGAGACAAUGAAAUCGACAAUAUCCUCUUCAUUGGGGCUUACAGGGAGCCUUAA